AUGCCUACUCAACAGAAUCAAACACAAAUCUCUGCCAUCACCCGGGUGAAGGUGAACAUGAACAUGAACAUGAACACGAACAUGCAUUUCCUCAGUGAAAGCAGCAACCCACCUCUAUCAGAUCCACCACCCCCAUACACCCCAGCUGCAUCUCCCAAAAUGCCAGAAUCACAACCAGAAGCAGACACCAAACAACCACUCCCACCCUCCGCCACCGUAUCUCCAACCCGCGGGAUCCAAAUCCCCUCGAAACACGACUACUUCACCUCCGGCUUCGCGUACCCUCCCUUCCUAGCCACCUACGACAUCUCCCCCCACCACUGGACCCAAUUCACCGACGACCUGAACGAGGAGGUGAAGCUCUCCCCGCGACAAUGGGCGACCACAGUCGCCAAGGGCGUAGGCGUCCUCGCGCUGGGCGGGAUGAUGGCCGGCGUGCUGGGUGCGAUUCCUGCGGUCCUGGUAGCGCGCAAGGCGAGGCGGAACCGCGAGGAGAUGAAUCUGAUUAUUGCUGCUUCGGAGAGGCCAGAUGAUAUAGAUGCAGAUUCGGGGUCCGAGGGAGGGUCGAGGCUUUCGAGGAAGGUUAAGACGUGGAAUGAGACGUUCUUCCAGCCGAGGGGGAUUAUGGUCCGGGUUGUUCUCCCGUGGGAGGAGCUGGAUGAGAUGCAGGGGAUGGAGGUGCUUCCUGCGGGAAGGUAUGGAAAGAAAGAUGAGCAGGCUGUUAGGGAAGAUGCGUCGCGAAAGGCGCGGAUUGUGAUUAUUCCAGUAGAUACAGAUUCAGCGGCAAAUCCGUGA